CAGAACGUCAAGAUGAAGUGUCAACGUUUUCCAGAGUCAUGCGUGUAGAAUUUACCAAUUAAAUAGUCAUUUGUUUGUCAGUUCUGAUUUAUUGGGAUGAAUUAAUGACAAUAAUUGUCCACAGUUGUACAAAGUGAUAUAAAAUAUGGACAUAGAAACGGAAAAGGUGAUUGAGCUGGUGUUUCCAGAGGGAGUGCCAACAGAUUCCUGGAAGGAUAAUCCGGAGUUCUAUCAGUACUUGUCGAAGCUCGGGGCCUUUGACGUCGAACAGUUGACCAAAGAGCCAGACCAUUUAGUGGAAGAAAAAAAUCAUGUACUGCAGACGACUCAGGAGUUGGCUUUUUCCAACUACAAAACAUUUAUCCAGACAGCUGAGAGCUCACGAGAAAUCUUCCACCAGUUCACCGAGACGGAGGACAACCUGGAGAACCUCCUGGAAAAAAUUCCCCAAUUUAUGGAGAAAUGUCAAUCGUUCUGCGACAGAUCAAAGGACAUAAAUACCCACAAACGAUUAAACGCUUUGACCCUGAAGAAAACCACGGAGAUGCUGGAAAUCCUGGAGAUGCCACAGCUAAUGGAGACAUGCCUCCAGAGCAGUCACUACAACGAAGCCCUGGAGAUAUCCCAAUACGCUCGACAAUUGGGGAUGAAGCACAGUGACAUUCCGAUAAUCCAGUCAAUAGUGUCAUCCAUUGAGAACAGCUGGUCUGGAAUGGUGGGACAGGUGAUUGGUUCCCUCAGAGGUGACCUCCCCCUGCCAAAGUGCCUCCAGCUGGUUGGACUCCUUCGAUCCAUGGACGCCUUCACCGAGGCAGAGCUUCGAAUAAAAUUUCUGCAGGCGCGAGACGGGUGGCUGCAGGGACUGCUGAAUACUAUACCUAAGGAGGACCCCAAUUAUCAUCUGACAAAGACCAUCGAAUUGUCCAGAAUCCACUUGUUCAAUAUCAUCACUCAAUAUCGAGCGAUGUUCAUCGAUGACGAUCACACGUCCACUCGUGACUCUGUGAUAAACGAGUCAGCGAUAUUCUACCACUGGCUGGAGGAGAAGCUGUCCCAGUUCCUGGUAACCCUCGAGCAAGACUUGCCUGGAGUGUCCUCCAUCGACUCCAUCCUGGGCCAGUGCACGUACUUCGGCCAGUCCUUUGGGCGCGUUGGGGCGGAUUUCACAAGUCGAAUGUCUGAUAUUUUCGUGAGAGUCAUUGGGGGGAGAUUCCAGAAGAGUGUUUACAAGACCACGAGGAGGUUCGAGAAGGACAUGGAGACCUUCACUUUGAUUAACAAGUUGCACAGGCUUGAUGUCAAAGUUGAAUCGCCUGGCAAAUCAGAAAAUCCCCCAGAAGAACUCGUCAACUUCUACCCCCUAGCCGAAUACUGCAAUGGCCUGAUCGCGACAUUCAAUGAACUCAGAGUGUGCCCACCUGUUGCCCUGGCUGAGUACUGCACUCAGACAAUCGAGGAAUCUUUGCAAUGUGUGGCAAAAGGGAUCCUGGUGUUCUACAAGCAAGAACAGCAGGCAUUUACAGCGAGUGAACGAGAGAGCAUGAUGAAAUUUGCCGAGUGCUUCAGCGAUCAGCUGGUACCGUACAUUCAGUACUGCAUUCACGCUAUCUUUCCGCAGAAUCAAAUUGCUAUGCAUCUGGAUAUCACUGUUGGGCAGCUACAAAAAUCGGGAAUCACGUUUCUGGACAGAAAAAAAAUAGUCGAGCCCCUGUCGACGUUAUUACCGCUGAAGAGCGUCAUGAAAGAGUCAUUUCUUCCAACAUUGCCUGUAAUUGAGGCGUUGAAUGCUGGAGAGCCAUUGUCAAGUGAAAAUGUUGAUAAUCUGGAGUCAAAAGACUCGGAAUCCAUUGUCAGUCAAGAAAAUGAGAGCAAUAUAAAUUCAGAAACAAUUGACGAUGUGAAUAUUAAUUCAUGAUAAUGGGAAAAUAAAAUAAUAAAUAUUCAACGA